AUGAGUUCCUCUGCCGAUCCAAAUGAAAAAACAAUUCGAGCUGCUGAAUUAGCCGAAGCUCAUAUUACUGGUCAAGAUACACCAGCAAGUGAUCCUCAUAAAAAAGCUGAUGCUGAAAAUCAAGGAUGGAUGUCAGGCGAUCAAUUUACAAUCGCCGAAACUCCCGUUGCACCACCUGGUGCAACUCCUGGCACAAAGGAAUAA